CGGGAACACAGGCUGACCGCCCUCCCCGAAUUUCGUGUACGACGACGCCACCAUGUCGAAUUCUGACGGGUCUCCUCUGCCAGAUGUGCGUCGUGUAGUGACAGGUCAUAACGAUGCGGGCAUUGCGAUCGUCCGCUCUGAAGACACUGUUUCUCGCAAAGAGUCUAGCUUCCCUGGCGUGAGCGGCAACCAGCUCUGGCUCACGGACAAGGUGCCCACGGGCGAUAACAACGGCGACGUGGACGGGAUAACGAGGACUGCCGACGGAGACUUGGGGUUGUGCGUGCGUAACGGAAUUAUGUUGCGGUACACCGAUCUAGCUCCGGGUGCGAGAGCGCCAAUGCAUAGGACGUCGUCGCUCGACUACAAUAUCCUCGUCCAGGGCAAAAUCAUCCUGGAGAUGGAAGACGGGAGUGAGACGCUCUUUGAGACUCCGGGCGAUAUCGUGAUUCAGCGGGGCACCAUACACGCGUGGAAGAACCCGGGUCCGGGAUGGACGCGGUGGGUGACUGUGCUUGUAGAUGCGAAGCCUGCUGUGGUUGGGGACAAAGCACUAGGUGCAGAAGUCCGUGCGUGAGUUACCUAAGGAUGAGCGAGGAACUAGACCCUACUAAGCGAUCGAGCGAAGAAACCUUCAAGGCUUUCAAUGUGCGGGGAGCCGUAGGAGCCGGGAAAGGAGUGACAGGCACAGUGUAUAUUUGGAUCGUAACAACAAAUUUCC